AAAAUAAAAAGAAAAAAUGGAACCACAUCCAAACGCGGCCUCCAUGCUCAGAAGGAGCAUUACACCUUCUCCACCGCCAUUACUGUCCCUCAGUACGAGGAUGCUGUCGCCGUCACCACCAUCACCGUCUUCUUCCGCCGCCGCCCCCUCCUCCGAAUCGAAACUACCCUUCUCUUCUCGAAACCCCAAAUCCUCAUUCCCUCACUUCCCUCUCUUCUCCAACGCUCACUCUCUUCAAAGCAUGACUCUCUCCAAGUGCUUCUCUCAUUCUGGACCCGCCAAUCCCAUCCCCAUUUCGGGCACACCCGAACCCGAAUCUGCUCACUCUCUUGUCGUGGUUUCCUUCUACAAGUUCGCGGAUUUCCCUGACCAUGCCCUUAUGCGAAACCCCUUGAAGCAACUCUGUGAAAAACUGCGUGUUUCAGGUGGUAUUAUUCUUGCUCCUGAAGGGAUCAAUGGCAGCAUAUGUGGCACGCGGGAGGCGGUGGAGGAAGUUCUUGCAUUUGUGCAAAGUGAUGAUCGUUUGAAGGGGCUAAGACGUCUUGAAUCGCCGGUCAGUCCUGAGGAGGAAGCCAUCCAUAGUGGUCAACAUGGACAUAGUGCCAGUUCUCCUCUUGCUGCAGGGGAAGAUGCACCCUUUCGAUGGGAUCAUGUCAGGGUUAAGUUGAAGAAAGAGAUUGUCACACUUGGGAUGCCUGCCGUAUCACCUAUUGAAAAGGUUGGAAAGUAUGUCAGCCCAAAAGAAUGGAAUGAUUUGAUUAGCGAUCCAGAUACAGUGGUAAUUGAUGUGCGGAAUAAUUACGAAACCAGAAUAGGAAAGUUUAAAGGAGCAGUUGAUCCGUGUACUACAUCAUUCCGUGAAUUCCCAUCUUGGGUGGAGGAGCGCUUCCAGAUUAACAGAACAGAUGCUGAGCAUCCGAAAGUUAAUGUAAACAAUGCAGCUGAAGAUGCUGAAAAAGAAAUGGAGAAUCCAAAACAACAUCUGCCACGUAUUGCAAUGUAUUGCACUGGAGGUAUUCGAUGUGAGAAAGCUUCAAGUCUACUUCUCAGCAAUGGUUUUAAAGAGGUUUAUCAUCUAGAAGGUGGAAUUCUCAAAUAUCUGGAGGAGGUUCCAGAGACUCAGAGCCUUUGGGAGGGAGAGUGCUUUGUUUUUGACAAGCGAGUUUCUGUGGAGCAUGGUUUGGUUCAAGGAAAUUUCAAGCUCUGCUAUGGUUGUAAGCAGCCUGUGAGUGAUGUUGACAUGGAAGCCCCUGAAUAUGAAUAUGGAGUCUCUUGUCCUUACUGUUUUGCACUGAAAUCAGAUGAAGAGAAGGAGAGGGCUCGAGCGCGACAACAACAGUUUGAGAGAUGGGGAAUCAUAGGUGGUCCAGAUAAGGGUCGCCGGCCGGCAGCACGUGAAUCGGAUAGUGCUAGCAGGAAACCAAACCAGCUUUCACGUUCUGUUUAAAGCAGUCAGGCAAGGAAAAUUAAGUGUUUCUUUCAGUAUCUGUUUUGGACAAAAGUUUACCCUUCUCUUUAGUCCUGCUCCCCACUUUAAUGUGUCCGGCGUGCUUGGAACUAGAGAUGUAUGUUUAACUUUGAAUAUGAUUAGUUGUUAUAGGAACCUUUUGGUGUCCAGUUUCUUGAGAAAAGAUCACCACUUUUGACAUUCCAUGACUAUUGAAACCUGAAAGAAAUUCUAUUAAUACAUUUUUCGGCACUUUCUUCAUUAUUGAAUGAAA